UGAAAUGGGCCAAGGACAGACAAAAAGCGAGCAAAAGCUCAGUGAGCAGACGCUGCGAAAAUUUUAUGACGCACAGUUGGAGAACCAGUUAAUCGCCGAAAAUCUCAAAUGGGCACAGCAAAGAGCCGUCGAUCUUCUCAAAGUCCGCGAUCAACUACAAUGGGAAGUUCUCGCGGCGGCAACGACAACCGUCGUACUUCUGGCGGCCGGCUCGAUCUACAAGCGAAAAGACGUGAUUAUUCCCAUUGUUCCGCUGAUUAUGGGCUGCGGAUAUCAAUAUGACGUGGCACACGGUGACAAUCGGCAGCUUGUUCGAGAAACUGCGGUGGAGUUGCUGAAAACGCCCGAGGAGCUUCACAUGCUUCCAGCGAUCACGUUAAGGGAUAUUGACGAGUUUCGGGAUUCGCAUAAAUUAUAAAUAAUUGUUUUAGAAUUUUCUUGUUUCUUUUGUUUCGUUUUUAAUAAAUUCUUGUAGAC